CAAUUUUGCUUCAAUUGGAUUUGAAUUUCAGCCUUGGUUGUAUGCAAAAAUAUUUCUCUCAAGGACACAACUAACUAAAUUGUACUGGUAUUUCUCAUAAAGCUUUGGGUUUAAAUUUAAUUUGGACAAUGUAUAAAGAAAGUUCAAGCUCUUAAAGUGUGAAUAAAACUUCCUAAGAAUUUAGCUGCUUCAACAAAAUGCAGGAAAUGGUUUGGCAAAUGAUUUGAACUUUUGCAUCGUGCAUUAUGCUGACCUCAAAACUCAUUAACUAUGCUUUUUUGGGGGCGAAUUCGAGCAAUUUAGCGCCACAGAAUAUGCAUUCCUUUUCGGGCUCUAAUUGCUGGCAUUUGGCAUCCGAAAAUUUGCCUGCCCAAUGAAGCAUGCCACCCAAAUCCCCAUUCCACUACGAUUAAGCAAAAGAUGAAGGAAAAUGCAGUCGAAGCGCUGGGAAAAAUGUAAUUUAAAACUUUGUGCGACGUUGGCGCGAAAAUACUUUUUUCUUUGGCGUUUUUUUUUCCAAUGAUUAAACGACAUUAGGUGUGCUUAUCUCAGCUCAAAAUCAGUUGCACCCGCCAACCCGCAUCUAUGUGAAAUGCCAAAUUAGAGCGCCAACUUUUGAUGCAACAUUGCGAUUGAAUGUUUGGCAUUUGGGGUUGAGUUGAACAUGUACUCGCUUUGAAAAUUGCAUUCGGAAAAUGCCUUUGGUUCGAAAUUUCGGCGUUUGCUUAAUUAACUGCUCUUAUUGAUUCUGGACGUGGCUUAAACCACGCACACAAGCUGGCUAAUUGCCAUUUGGUUUGAACCAUUUCGUAGCAUACUUUUGUGGGUCGCAAUUAUUUAUCUGCCUUUCUAGCAUCAGUUUAUUAUAUUUUCGAAAUCAAAUUUGCUACUUGCUACUUUACCAUUUAAUUAAUUUAAUAAAAAAUUAUUAAGAACCAUUUUAUGUGCCUCAGUAAUUAGUUAAACCACAACAAAUGUUCGACAUUUCAUUUGUAUUUGCAUUUGGCCACAGUUUACUCAAUAUUUAGUUAUGCUGGCAUUAUGACUGUUUCUCUAUAGACCGGAAAUCAAAUUAACCACUUCUUGCCCAAGCACUCAAUACUAAUUCAAUUAAUUAAUGUCGGACCGUGACCCCUUCUCCAAUUAUUCAACCAUCAAACAUGAUGAACAAAACCGCACGAAUAUGGCUGAUGAAAGCGUUGGUAAGUGGGCUAAUGGCUUGAUUGUCCAAGGUACCGGCCACUCAAACUCGUCCGGCUUCGGAUAUUGGUCCACCUAAACAAUUGUCAAUUAAAUUUUGCUCCUGCUGCCCGGUGGUGGUUAUAAAUGCCAAGACACGUUCGAUGCGGUGGUGGAAUUUUCAAUCGGUUAACACCCCCAAACCCCAGCCCCAUACCACAGGACCUUCCACCCACCGGAGGUCUGUAGACGCGUCCCUAAUUUGCAUUAAAAGGUGCGCCAUCUGGUUGCACCCCUUUUGGCCACCGGCAACUGGAAGCUGAAAGCUGAAAGCUGGCAACCAACUGUUGCUCAACCGGGUAAUCAGUGGCAAAGAGGGGGCGAGGGUUGUGGCACGCAUAACAGGCAUUCGGGCAUUGCAACCCUUCAGCAGUUGUUGAUUUAAUUUUAUAAUUUUAACGCACAAUUUCCACAAUAAAUUUCCAUUGUGGGGAGCCAUGAUUUGCGGGUAAAUGCCUGUUGUCCUGGGAAAUCAUUUCGCAAAUGGAAUAAAUUACUCACUGAUCGGUGCCUGCAGCUAGAAAAUAGUUUUCACCAAAAUGAAUUUAUUAUUUGACACGAUUUCCAAUCAACGUGAACGGCCAUCAAAUUGGCUAAUUAAAGAUGUGCGGUAACUACUUUUUUUUUUUUUAGAUUUACACCAAAGCCACUUUCUAUGUAGAUUAUCACGUGUGGGUGCAGCAUGAAAAUAUUUAGUCAAGUGUUCGAUUUCGAAUUGAAUGGCCAAAAAUUGUGACACACUUGAGGUCUGAGCACAGAACCCAAUGGAACAUUUGUUUUUUCCUUUUAUUUGGACAAAAAUUGAAAUUUAAUUUCCUAAUUGAACGGUUUUGCCAUGUGCUUGCUUCUCCUACAUCGCCCACCACUGGCAAUUCCAAUUUAAUUGAAAAUUUAUCGGUUGCAUUUGCAUAUGCUACGUUCGCUCUCUCUCUCUCUCUCUGAAAUUGACAUUCCCAACAUGCACUUGUGGACCUUUCAAAGCCAAAAAAUUGUUACGAAUUGGAUGUCUUCCUUUUUCCGAAUUUCUUGUGAAGUGGAAGGGAAGCUUGUUUCUUUUAUAGCCAGAUAUUCAAACUAUUUUGUACUAGAGAACAAAUUAAAUGGGAUACUACACAUCUAAAUCUUAGGAAACUGGCUUGUAAAAAGAAUUUCCAUACUGAGUAAGGGUUUUUUAUAUUUUGUUUAGAGAAAUCCAGUAAAAAUUGGCCAUAUAAAAGCGUCUGAAGAACGUUUAACUUAUGGCCUCUGCCUUUCAAUUUUCGACUGCAGCUGCAUAUGCUGGUCUUAAUAAUACAUUCGGGUUAUUGCGGUGCCCUUUUUCACUCCUCCCCCUGCGCAUUUAAUUUGCCAUUGACAACGUGAAAAACUUCACAUGGCAUCGCUGAAAUAUUUGCGUGGUUCUCACCCUGCCAUUUCCUCCGACGCUUUCAUCAACAUUAAAUGACUGCGGCGCUUAAUUGAGAUUGUCGUGGGUGUGGGUGUGGGUGUUGGUGUGAGUGUGGGUUUGGCUCGCUUAUUAAUUUAUUUUUUAUGUUUAAUAACAGGCGCAAGGCAGUGGCGCCAUUGCAGAGUGUGACGCCAAAAAAAGCAGAAAAAUCGCAUAAAAAACGGGACAAAAAUGUGGUUCGAUAAAGCAGCAAGCCAAUGACAAUGACAUUGUGAAGAGGUUGUAAAUUAAUACACCAACAGCAAACCGAGCUGGCAUGCGCCACCCACCAGGUCAUCAUUAUCUAUCGCGUUUGUUUAUCGUUGUUUAUGUCCAGAGAGCCGAGUAAUAGGUUCAUAAAUUUCCCCCCCAUUUUCACGGAAUAAUUUCCGAAUUGCGGCGUCGCAGGUUUCCUGUUUUUAAAUGCAAGGCAGCAAUUAAAGCCCUUUCGGGUGCAAAGAGCCACUUCUGUGUGGAUUAUGGAUAUCGUUAGCUUGCCAGUGUUCCCUCGCCUCAUUUGGCGGUCGUUUAAUUAAUAGCAAGCUGAUUAAUUAGUGUUUGUGUGCGAUAUCCUUGGCCGCUGGGGAGCUGCAGGCUGCAGUGGGGGGAGUCACUCGGGAGUUGCUGGGGAAUGCAUUUCCGGGCUUAAACUGCACGAAAUUGCAUUAUUUGCAUCUACUGCCAUGUAAAAGCUUAUACUGGCAAUGCAAAUUGCCAUUAAUUUCAUUAGUUGAUUGUCGUCAUGGAAAUUCCCUUUGUGCAUUUUAUAAUUGCCCGAACCGCAGCGAAACGAUGGUGGAAAAAUUGUAAAGGAUGGGAACAUGAACAUGAACUAAGUGGAAAUAUGCAUAUGGUGCCGGCUAAUAAAUUAAUUGGAGUGGGUGUGAAAAUGGCGAAAUUCUGUUUGUUUUGCGGUGGCUGAUAAGUGCAUAUUCCCUUUGCACUUCCAACCAUUGAUUGCAUUUAAUUAAAUAACGUUAGUUGUACAUUUUACUCAGCCAGUUAUAGAAUAAAUAAACAUUUAUAUACUCGUUACUCGAAAGGUAGAAAGGUAUACUAGAUUCCCUCAAAAAUAUAUAAAAUAUGAUAUGACAUUUCACAAAUAUUUUAUGAUUACAAAUAUUUCGUGAAUAAAUUCAUCAAAUAAAUGCCAUUUAUUUCAAACUCAACAGAGCCUGCCAAACUUCUUCUUUGGCUUUCGUUUUUCUCGUUAUUUUCCAUCGUUCCCUUAUUUCAUUAUCCUUCAGCAAUCGCUUUGCUGCAAUCGAAACUUUUCAGAUUACCCUAGACCAAAGCGAAGGAGCAAACAAAUUUUUAUAUGGAAUUAUAUUGCAUUUUUAUUACCUACCGCACAUAAAUUUUGUUUGUCACAGCAGCCGCCGGGCACGUAACAUUUUAAAAAACAAUUUUGUCUUGAUACAAUUUCUUGUAUUAUCACCGAAAAUGUAUGCAAACACACGAACUUGGCCAAAAGCAGGCGGCAGCGGAAAAGGAGACCGUUCAAAGGGGCGUAUGGGCAAUUUUAUUUGCAUGCUUGCGUUUCAACCGUUGCCCUGCGGCUCCUUAUCACUUUAUAUACGACUGGGUGUGAGUGCGUGUGUGUGUGUGAGUGAGUGAUUGUGUGUGUGUGAGUGAGUGAGUGUGUGUGUGCCGGAAGAGAGCCUCGAUGGUGUGUGUAAGAUAUGGAUUUGCUGGGAACGGGGACUCCCAAUCGCGCAGGCAAUCAAACUCGAUGUUCCGGAACACGUAUACGCCACCGUUAACUCAAAUGUAAUGAAAAUGACAAAGGGUAAAUUGAUAUAAUCCGUUUUUGAGCUAUGAGCAUCGCAAAUAAAUGAAAUCAAUACAAAAACCGAUUGUUUUAAAUUUAAAUUUUGUUUAGUUUAAAUUUCGAAUGUAAUGUCAUUUCUCAAUUAAAAUAGCUGGUAUAAAAAGCUGUAAAUAUUGUGCAUAAUUUACAUUCCUUACCUUUCUACUCGCACAUAAAAUACACAAAACAGACAGGUACGUAAAUAAUGCCAGACCUUUUUUUUUCCGGAUAUCAGCGUAAAAUGGAGGGAAAUCGGAGUGAGUGUGUGUGCGUUUAAAAUUAUAUACAUAUUAUACAGCCUGGGGAAAGUUGUUGUUUAUUGUCUGACAAGGUGGCGCCGCUUUAAUGCGUUUUCAUGCCUUAUUUAAAAUGAUUUUCCGUUUACCACUCAUGAAAUUACUUGCAUUUAUUGCAUUUGUUUUGUUAUUUCGUACAUGAAAUACAGUGUCACAUAAAAUUCCUCUAUCCUCCCACCUGUUGCCAAGUUACAACAUUUUUUACAAAUAUUUUUUAUUAAAUUUUCCGCAAAAGGCGAUGUGAGAGAAAGUAACCGCAAAAUUAAAACUCAAUAUGUGCGAAAGGGCGGGACAUUCAAUUAAUGGACUGGAAUGGCGCACACACAUACACACACAGAGUAACCAAGUUGAAUUAGUGGCAAACGGCAAAAGACAAACAUCAAUGUGUGGGUGUGCUGAGCGAGGGAGGGCGAUAGCAGAUGAAUGGAGUGAGCGAGAGAGGACGAUGGCCAAUUCCCAGGACUCAAAGGAAGCCAAAGCCCCAGAAAAACGCCCUCGAGGCUCUUGAAGACAAAAGCGUAAAAGGAAAAACUCGAACAUCUCAAAAGGAAGCCGAGCUAUAGGGAGUGGCAGGAAAAGCAUGACAGCUCAGCAUAUUCUGAAAUGGGUAGAGUCGUUAGGUUGCUUCUUGGCAGGUCUAAGAAAUGGACAUGUACUGAAGAGCGAUACAUAUGCAGAUUUGGUCAAAAUAAUAGAAAUAUAUAUAUAUAAAGUUCAUAUCUGCACAUAUAUUAACAUUCCCCUUAAAUAGAACUUUCAAUGCGCUGCUACUGCAUAAGCAUAUAAAGUAUAUUUGUAUAUCCCUAAGGUUCAAGUCUGCACAUAAAUUAACAUUCCCAUUGAAUACUCAUAGUCCUUCAAAUGCACUGGUAUUGCAUAAGCAAACGAUUAAGGAUAAGACAAUGCGGCUGAUAUCACAGACGACAUAUACAAUUGCUUCAAUAGCCGGAGAGAGAAAUCAAUGUCAGUAUGACGCCCUUUGAUGUUGUGGGCGUGCCCGGGGCGAAAGUAAACUGAAUCUUAUGUGUAAUUGAAUGUGUGCCUGUGUUUGCUGGGGGUUUUCCACUAAGCUCCCUAAAACCGCCCUCGACUGUGUAUGGGAUUGUUUAGCAUAAGUUUCUUACAUCCCAUUUCCGGCCCCGCCUUCCAUCUCUUUAUGCAAAUGCGUUGGCACUUUAUUGCUUUUAUUUAUGUAAUUUGUAGCAUCUUCUUGUCAUUUACGAAGACAAACAUUUGCAUUUUCCAACUUAGUUCGAGUGGGAAUUCCGCAAAAUAGCAAAAAGUUUGCGCUUGCUUUUUAAUGUCAUUUUGCUGGCAACUUGGAGAGAGCUUUGGAAUUUAUUGUUGCAGCCAAAAAGCCGCGGAAAGUAUUUGGAAUAUUUUUAAGAUGCCAUUUUAUUGACAUCAAAUUAUUCUCUUUAAUAGUUCUUAAGUAUUUUUUUCAUUCUAAUGGCAACUUUCUAAAGUACUCAGAUCUAAAUUUAUAAGAGAAGCUUUCUUCAGAAUAGAAUACUAAGUCAAUUAGACGACCCUUUUUAUUUUCCACACACUGAAAAUGUCUGCCGCAAACAUAUUUAUGCUAGUCAGCAAACUCCUUAAAAUGGAGCAAAGGAAAACUGGGAAAAGGAAAACAUACUGAUAGAAAGAAGAGGUUGGGAGACACUGAGGAAAAAACGGAAAAGAACAGAUGGCAGUCAGACAAGAAGGCAGGCAGAACCUCCCUAUGUUUUAUUGUUAUGGCGAUGUGUGUUAUCCUUUUUUGUCGCCAAGCCUUUUCCCCGUUCGUCUGGCUUCCAAUCGAGUUGUGGAUCCGGAUUCUCAGACACAAUCUGAAACAGAAUCAACGCCAGAAUCUGAAACUGAACCUUAGCCUCUGGGCUCCUCACUCUGGCGGCAUCAAUCACAUUUUUUCACAGACUUUUGGGGCCCAGCACUUUCGUAUUUCCACUUCAUUUUUGUCGAUUUCGUGGGCAAUCAGGCGCAAAUGCCCACGGUAAGCUUGAUUCUACGGCGCGAGAACCUGGGUGAUUCACCUAUUUAUUAAGUUCAUGACAUGGCGUGAAAACAAUCCCCACCCUCUGGUCAUCAUCAUCAUGACGUUGGCACUUUUGUAGUAUUUUUCAGCCAUUUUUUAAGCUAUAGAUAUCUCUUUCCCCUUUUAUUCGCUUUCCUUACCAUUGGCAAUCAAAUUUUCGCCAUUUGAUGUCCUACUUAUGCUUCAUUGGAGACGUUUUAACCGCGCUUGUUCAUAUUGUAGACUGCUAUGAGUUCCUGGAAAAUCAUACAAGAGUUCACUUAGACUUCUACAUAUUGUGGUAUUAAAUGUCUCAAUAUUUAAAUCAAUAUACAUUAUUGAUUUGCUUGGCGGAUGUGUUAAAAACAAGAGAUAUACUUUCUGGGAGAGAUGGAAAGUUGUAUAUACAAUUACGACUAAAUUUAACUUGAUAUAUAUUUCGGCUAAUGAUUCAUUUCAACUUUUUGUAGGGGGAAAAUUACAACGACGCAAAGCCGAGUGAACAGGUCCAUUUCGUGGACUCGAAAAUUUCCGCCACAUUUGCCGCCAUGAUAAAAGAACAUUUUUCCAACUGACCGAAGGCAUUUAAAGUUUUCGUUUGCAUUUUCCAGUUCUUUCCCUGCUUUUUUUUUAUGAUUGUCACGACUUUUGCCCGGCUCAUCUGGCUUGUCCAUCAGAAUGAGGACCCGAGGCGAAGCUGCGACUCUCAUUAGUUGAACAACUGAAUUUGCCAGAGGCCAACUUUUCGGAGAUCGGGGGAAUACAGAUAUAUACGGACGGAUACAUGCCUUAGCAUUUCAAUCGAUGAGGUGGCUGAGGGGGAAAAGUUGUUCCUGCACUCGAACGCAUACUAAAAAGGCCGCCAGCUGAUGAUGGGGAAAAAAGAUGAUGGUGGAGAAAAAAAAUUAGAAAGCGAGAAAGUUGGAGCAAAUUCAAUUUUGUGCAAAAAAAAAGUUGGUCGUUCCAGCAACGAAAAAAAAUCUUUUAAUUCAAUCGGCGCAGCGUUGGGAACUCUAGAGUUGUGUUAAGUUAUUGACGUCUUGUUGUACUAGGCGUAUACUUGAUAUUUCUCAUAAAUUUCUUUUCACCAUUUCGUUGUAUUAGGCGUAUACUUAACAUUUUUCCGAAUUUUUUUUUUUUUUGUCGGUCCUUUCUCAUCUUUCUCGUUGGACCGGAAGACGCAGAUUUGCCUGCCAGAUGCAGCUGCUGCUGCUUCUGGCGAAAACGGAAAUGAGAAGUCAUGGAGCAUUUAUCCAAGGAUCUAACCACCAUGGAGAACCGAACCCCUUGCCGCCCCUCAUCGCCGUGCUUUGGGUUCUACUUUAUUUUAUUAUUACGUUUUUGGGUCUGGGUCUGCUACUCACAUUUGCAUAUCAAUUUGUUGGCAUUCGUUCGUGCUGCCUCCCCCCUUUUUUCCCCAUUUUCCUAUCUCGGCCCGCCCCAUUUCAUUGCAUACUUUUGGGAGUCACUACCGAAGUGCAUUUCCCAUUGUUGUGUUUGGGGGGGGAAAUACUAGAAGUGAAUGCUGCGCGUAAUCAGGCAAAAAUCUGUCUAGCUUUUAGUUUUGUUUUCGCUUGGGGAGUGUCCCUACGGUUUUCGGGUCUCCGGCUUUGAAAUCGGGAUUUGGCAUUGGGUUUCUUUGGUCCGCAUUCUAAUAUUUUAGUGCCUUGUUUAUUUGCCAUUUGCUGCUACGUUUGCUUAUCGCUUCUGACAAAUGGCAUCUGGUUAGAGGAUUUCUGCUGCUUGGCUUUUAUGGAGAUUCCUGCGCUGAAUGAUUCUCAUCUAAAAUUUGUCUAGUAUUUAUGAUGAAUAAAUCUCCAGGGACUUAGCUUGAUUAAAUGUGACUGUCGAGACAUGAUUAAUGCCGUCAAUGGUUCUUGACAAAUAUUGCUUACCCAUUUUCGCCUUAUAUAAAUUAAAUAUCUAGUAUUUAGACUUUGCUGUAUCUACUGUAGUAGGAUAGAUACCCUUUAGGCCCACAGUACCAUGUAUGUAUCAUGUAGUAGUUUAGGUUAACGUAUGAAGCCCAUGGUGGCAGAGAGAAGUAUGCGAUCAUAUCCCCGUUAUAAGUAAGGACAAUACUGUUGUCCCGCUCUUACUUAUAAGUUAGCUUUAAGAGAUAACAAUGUACAUACACCUAGCUCUCACGCAUGAGAGAGCAUAAGAAAAACGAAGAAGCAAAGCGCGGCAUUCGGUCGCUGGUACUGGAAGAAUAAAGUCGCGAAUAAAGAAGAACUGUACUAAGCAAAUCGUCGCACCGGAGGUAUUUCGAGCGUUUACAACACCAGAAGUGGUCAUUACUCACUAUGCCUGACACCAUAUUAAAUCAAUUCUCGGUGCAACAACUAAAAAAAUGGUUGGGAGCCCUUGGACGCCAAACUUCCGGCACUAAAGCGGAGUUGAUAGGGCGUCUUCAAGCCAUUUCUCCGGAAAAACGUGGCGAUCCACCGUCAAACAACGGAUCAGCAACGGAAGCAACGGAUGGAGCUGCAUCGCAGCUAGCACAACGAGAGCUGCAAGAGGGAGACACACCAGCGACCCCGUUAGACGCGCAAUCGGCGGCGUCAGAGACCCUAGAAAGUCUGGAUUUGGAGCAGUUAUCGCUAGUGGAUGCCGAAAAAGCCACCCUGCAGAAAAUUCGUGACGAAAUAGAUGCAAACAUGGCCGUGUUGCAGAGCAUUUACACAGAAAUCGACGAGGCGAACAAGAACAAGUCCGUUCAUGCUGGGCAAGCCCAUGACGUCAUCGAAAAUAACAUUGAAAAUGAUGGCAAUGUUAACAUGUGCGCUAACAGCACCAAUGUUAAAGCUAACAGCACCAAAGUGACCAUCACUGCCGAUAACAUGAUCGGGGGAGAUACCAGUGUUGGAAAGGAGACCACUAGCAGUGACGAUCAACGCCAGAGUACAAAUGUAAACAAACUCUUGGAAUCGCCAGCAGCAGCGCUCGCCUUGGCAAAAGAGGUCACCAUGGAGUACGACGGCAGCGUGUGUGUGCGUAAUUGGGUCACACAGUUCCAGAACAUCGGCAAGAUCUACAAUUUGGACGACGCCUGCUUGCAUAUGCUUCUAAUUGCCAAGCUGAAAGGGAGUGCACAACGCUGGCUGCACGCAAACACCACGCGAAUUCUGGAGUCAACCGAUCAGCUGUGUAAGCAGUUAAUUGUGUCAUUUGGGGUCAAAAUGUCCAAAGGAGAAUUGAGGAGCGCAUUCCAAAAGCGCGAAUGGCGUUCAGAGGAGAAAUUUGCGGCUUAUUUCGAGGACAAGAUGAUGCUGGCCAACGAUAUCAACAUCGAUCUGGAGGAACUCCUGGAAAACAUUAUCGAAGGAAUUCCGGCACCAGCGCUACGCAAUCAGGCCCGCAUACAGUGCUUUUCCGAACCGAUGCAGGUUUUGAGAGCCUUCUCGGAAGUACGUCUGCCAAAGCACAAGCCGGAUAAUAGUUCGCCAAAACGCUUCUAUGAAGGAGGCCCAGCUAAGAAGGAUUUGCGUUGCGCCAACUGCAACUCAAAAGGACACUUCGCCAAGGAGUGCCUGAAGCCGAAGAGAGAGCCCGGAUCCUGCUACGCUUGUGGAGCGUUCGGACACUUCGUCGGACAAUGCCCGGAGCGCAAGAGCGCCAAUAUCAACAAUUAUAAUGCCUCAUAGACACCGGGAGCCCAAUAUCAUUUGCAAAACUAAGCAGUAUAUCCAGUGAAGUCAACUUAGAGUCUGCUGCUGAAAACUAUUUCGGGCUAAAUAAAAGCCAACUAAUAAUACUCGGAA